AUGUCACUCACAACCGCACCUCCGCCCACGUUCACGCACCAACGCCGUAGGGUUGCCGAUGCCGCCGACAAAGAUUAUUCGUCUCUCUCCACCGCCCUAGACCAUAGCAAGAUUAGCGAAGUCGACUUGGAGGCCUUGCAGGGAGGAGGCAAUGACGGCGCCGGUGGAAUUCCCCAUCACCCGCGGUGGUUUUUGCUACGUAGGAGGUUGCCAGAGAGUCUGGUUUUGCGCGUCCAGGGGUUCCUCUUUCAUUUGAGGAAGACCGCGAAAUCUUCGGCCACGCUGUUCCGCCGGGUGUUGGCGAUUCUUCUGAUGAUGAUGAUGCUAUCGGUCCUCUCCAAGAAUUUCUUGUUCGGCGGCGAGGUCGAUCAGAAUGCAGCUGUGAUGGCCGGGGAACAGGAGGAGGCUGUGAAGAUUAAUGAUGAUCAGGAUCUCAAGAACGACGGCUCGUCGGAAAACGCCGUUUUGGACUCCGAUUCUGACUCGUCCUCCGCGAGGCAUCAUAUUAAGGAAAUUCCGGAACAGGAGCAGAUGGAAACAUCAUCAUCAUCGGAGAUAUGGAUGAAGCCCAAGAGCGAUCACGAUGUUUAUCAAUGUAUUGGUCGCCCCAGGACUCACCUAACUGGAAAUGCAGACUGGGGUGGUGGUUUACAGACGAAUGGUUAUAUUCUAGUGCAUGCCAAUGGAGGGCUUAAUCAGAUGCGACUAGGGAUAUGCGACAUGGUUGCAGUGGCAAAGAUUAUGAACGCCACUCUUGUGCUCCCCUCCCUCGACCACUCCAGCUUCUGGACCGACCCCAGUGAUUUUAAGGACAUCUUCGAGUGGCGCCACUUCAUCCAAGUCCUCCGGGAAGACGGGGUCGCCGUGGCGGAGGACCUCCCAGCCGACCACGCCUCCCUGAAGCCCCUCAGCAGAGCCCCCGUCUCCUGGUCCAAGCCCACCUACUACCGCGGCCACCUCCUCAGGCUCCUCCGGCGCCGGAAGCUCCUCCGCUUCACCCACACUGACUCCCGCCUCGCCAACAACGGCCUCCCCCCCUCCAUCCAGCACCUCCGCUGCCGCACCAACUACCACGCCCUCCGCUACGCUCCCCCCAUCCACCGCCUCGCCGACACCCUCGUCCGGAGGCUCCGGGCCGCCGGACCGGACCCCCACUACAUCGCCCUCCACCUCCGCUACGAGAAGGACAUGCUGGCCUUCACCGGCUGCACCCACAACCUCUCAGAUCCCGAGGCCCGGGACCUCCGGGACAUGCGAUACCGCGUCAAGCACUGGAAAGAGAAGGACAUCGACGCCGGCGAGCGCCGCCUCGAGGGCGGCUGCCCGAUGACCCCCCGGGAGGCGGCCCUGUUCCUCAAGGCCAUGGGCUACCCCGCCUCCGCCACCGUGUACAUCGUCGCCGGAGAAAUCUACGGCGCCCCCCGGAGCAUGGAGGCCUUCCAGGCCGAGUUCCCCAACGUCUUCACCCACUCGACCCUAGCUACUCCCGAGGAGCUGGAGCCGCUGCGGCGCCACCAGAACCGGCUGGCGGCGGUGGACCACGUGGUGGCGCUGGAGAGCGACGUGUUUGUGUACACGUACGACGGGAACAUGGCGAAGGUGGUGCAGGGGCACCGGAUGUUCCAGGGUUUCCGACGGACCAUAAAACCGGACCGGUUCAACUUCGUCAGGGUUGUCGACAUGCUGGACAGUGGGUCGAUUUCGUGGGACGAAUUCGCGGCGGAGGUGAAGAGAUUGCACGCCGACAGGCUCGGGGCGCCCAGCUUGCGGCGGCCCGGCGAGUCGCCGCGGUUGGAGGAGAACUUCUAUGCCAACCCUUAUCCAGGUUGUCUCUGCCGGCGAGACGAGGACAGCACCACCACCACUAAUUAAUUACUUAAUAUUGUUAUUGUACUUUUUGAUUCUUAAUUUCUGUG